AUGGAUGUGAAAUCUUCACAAAUUGAUAUGGAUACGCUUAAAGAAAUAAUGAAACUUAAUAAAGGUGAAUUGAAAGCGUUGGACUAUAAAGUACAAAAGACAAGACUUGAUAUUGAGAAGCUUAUAGGGGAAACAAAUGCAGAUUUGAAGAAUCACGGUGUGCAGUCUGAUCAAGUGAUCGAAUGCCGACGCAUGUUUUAUGAAAGCGAACAUGGAGCAAGAAUAUUCGGUCAUAUGAUAAAAACUAUUCAUUUCAACAAAUUUAAAAGUCCCCUAGUUACCAACUAUAACUUCACUGAAUUGAUCGACUGUUUCGAAAAACAAAAGAAGCAUCAUCAAAUGGAGGCAGCUAAUCGCAAUGGUUCAGUGUGUUACAUCAACCUACCACCACAACAUAUUGAAGUUUUCGAGAAUGUCAAUAACGGAUUGGAUACUUUACAUUUUGUGAAAUCUGAAUUCAGUUUAUAUUUGUUUCUCACCACAUUCGGAUGGAAAUUAAUUUACUAG